CUGGUGUAUGACGCCGAGGAGGCCUGACAGGAGGGCGCCAAAAUGCAGAUGGCAGAGAAUGAGCAGAACUGAGAGGCAGAAGCGGGCUGGGCUGCUAUUGCGGAGAGGGGGGUCUCCAGAGCACCAGCAAAUAAUGCCCUUAACCUAUCCAGUCAGAAGAGCGAAGUCCUAUGUGUGUCAACUGUGAAUUUAAUUCCUAGUCUGUAGAUCGACUAGAGCGCUGAGAUGACCAGCAAGGAGUCCGGAGGAAAAGGUUAUGGACGAGGAGGAAAUGGCUUUCAGAAAUGGAGAGGAAGAGGAGGAUUGCGGGGAAGAGGAAGAUAUGGAUCCAGAGGAGAAGGAAAAAGUACUGCUGGGAAGUCGGUGUCUGCUCAGCCUCAGCUCAUUCAAACAACACUGGACCCAGUUUCUCCUUACAGAGGCUGGAAACUUUAUUUUUCUGAAGCAUAUGAUGACGGCUCCCCUUUUGUUCAGAAGAUUGAAGCAUUUGAAAAGUUUUUUACAUCUCGAAUAGAACUUUAUGAUAAGGAUGAAAUAGAAAGAAAAGGGAGUAUUCUUGUGGAUUAUAAAGAGCUGGUGGAUGAUAAAGAGGUGGUGGAAUCAAUACCUGAUAUCGUCACUGAAUUAAAGGAUAUGCCACAGAAAAUACUGGAUUGCAUGGGACUGGCAAUACAUCAGGUAUUAAGCAAAGAUCUUGAAAGACAUGCAGCAGAACUGCAGGAGCAAGAAGGCCUGUCCAUUGAUGAAGAACCCAUAAUAGAUGUACCAUAUAUUCAUGCAAGAGUAUACAACUAUGAUCCGCUUACUCAGCUUAAGUAUAUUCGUGCUAAUUGCUAUGGGAAAUAUGUUGCUUUGCGUGGGACUGUUGUGCGUGUCAGUAACAUUAAGCCUUUCUGCACCAAGAUGGCAUUUAUAUGCAGUGCUUGUGGAAAUGUUCAAAGUUUUCCUUUGCCUGAUGGAAAAUACACACUCCCUACAAAGUGUCCUCUGCCUGUUUGUCAUGGGCGAUCAUUCACUGCAGAUAGAAGUUCUCCAUACACAGUUACAGUGGACUGGCAGUCUAUUAAGAUUCAAGAGCUCAUGUUGGACGAUCAGCGAGAAGCUGGUAGAAUCCCUCGCACAAUAGAAUGUGAACUGGUUCAGGAUCUUGUAGAUAGCUGUGUUCCAGGAGAUGUGAUUACUAUCACAGGAAUCGUCAAAGUGUCAAACACUGAGGAAGGGACAUCUAGAAAUAAAAAUGAUAAAUGUGUCUUCCUGUUAUACAUCGAAGCGAACUCUGUUAGCAAUACUAAAGGACAGAAAAUCAAGAAUUACGAACAUGGAAUAAACCACCAAGUGUGCAUGGAAUUUUCCCUUAAAGACCUUUAUGCUGUUCAGGAGAUCCAAGCUGAAGAGAACCUGCUCAAACUCAUUGUCAACUCUGUUUGUCCUGCUAUCUAUGGUCAUGAGAUUGUGAAAGCCGGUUUAGUGCUGGCAUUAUUUGGAGGGUGUCAAAAAUAUGUGGAUGACAAAAACAGGAUUCCUAUUCGAGGAGACCCACAUAUACUGGUAGUUGGAGAUCCUGGAUUGGGGAAGAGUCAGAUGUUGCAAGCUGUAUGCAAUAUUGCACCUCGUGGUGUAUAUGUUUGUGGCAAUGCUACCACCACCUCUGGCCUGACUGUAACUCUCUCUAGAGACAGUGCCUCUGGAGACUUUGCUUUGGAAGCUGGUGCUCUUGUGCUUGGAGAUCAAGGUAUUUGUGGAAUAGAUGAGUUUGAUAAGAUGGGGAAUCAGCACCAAGCUUUGCUGGAAGCUAUGGAACAGCAAAGUAUCAGUCUUGCUAAGGCCGGAAUUGUUUGCAGCUUACCAGCGAGGACAUCCAUCAUUGCUGCAGCAAAUCCAGUUGGGGGACACUAUAACAAGGCCAAAACGGUUUCUGAGAAUCUAAAAAUGGGCAGUGCUCUAUUGUCCCGGUUUGACUUGGUAUUCAUCCUGCUGGACAUACCUAAUGAAGACCAUGACCACUUGCUUUCCGAGCAUGUGAUGGCAAUGCGAGCUGGAAAACAGACUGGAUGCAGCAGUGCUGUAGUGACUCGUGGAAACUCUCAGAAUUCCAACAUUUCGAUUCUCGAAUCCAUUUCAGACAAACCAUUAUUGGAAAGAUUAAAGGUCAAUCCAGGAGAAACUUUUGACCCAAUUCCACACCAACUCUUAAGGAAAUAUGUUGGCUAUGCUCGGCAGUAUGUACACCCCAGACUGUCUCCAGAAGCCGCUCGGGUCCUUCAGGAAUUCUAUCUUGAGCUCCGACAACAAAGCCAAAGAGCAGAUAGUACACCUAUCACCACUAGGCAGCUAGAGUCGCUGAUACGUCUAACAGAGGCACGGUCAAGAUUAGAACUGAGAGAAAAGGCUACCAAAGAGGAUGCUGAGGAUGUCGUAGAAAUAAUGAAAUACAGUAUGCUAGGAACGUAUUCUGAUGAGUUUGGGAAGUUAGAUUUUGAACGUUCUCAGCAUGGUUCUGGAAUGAGCAACAGGUCGCAAGCGAAGAGAUUUGUUUCUGCCCUCCACAGUAUUGCAGAAAGAACCUACAACAACCUCUUUGAGUUUCAACAGCUUCGACAGAUUGCAAAGGAGGCAAACAUAAAAGUAGCCGAUUUUGAAAACUUCAUUGGAUCUUUAAAUGAUCAGGGUUAUUUUUUGAAAAAAGGUCCAAGAUUAUAUCAGCUUCAGACUAUGUGAAGGAACUCAGCAACUGAAGGAAAUGUUAAAAUGACUUAUGGGUUGGAAAAGGUCUAACAGAGCAUAACAUUGUACUAUGUUAAAGCAAAUUUACAUCUCUCAGGCAACCAAGAUUGCCAAUUUUGCAGAGAUUCAAGAUCCUUGGUUCAGUGACAAACCUCACAGCUUGGUCUGGAGGAUGAGAAAAGAGUGCAGGUUUGUGGGCUCUCAUGUGUGGCUUCCAUCCAUUUCCUGUUUAGUGCAAACUUCAGCUUGCUGAUUCAGACAUUGGAACAAGUUUUGUUAUAUAUUAAAACAUGAAAAAGACAGGGAAGCCUUAUGAGAGAUGGGAGGAGGGAGCAUGGGAGUCUGUAGCUCUUCAGGAGUCUUGUUUGAAUUGAGCCACUGCCUGCUAGUUUUAAAAAUCAGGCACUAAUAGUCAACUUCUUAAAGUAAACUACUGACAGCCUCCCUAAUGGUACAGAGGCAGUUUAGCAAUCCAAGGUUGAGCUGGGGGUGGGGCGAGGUUAGUUUGUCUUCCUCCUCUUCCCCAGAAGUGCACACUGUGACCCAGAAGUAGCUGCCUGAGAUUCAUAUGUUCACCGCAGCUCUGGAUCAUUACAUGCUGCACCUCCAUAUUCAUGAGGAUGCCACUGUUAAUUGUAAUUUCUGAAAUGUUGAUGUUGUAAAUAUAUCAUUUGAACAAUGUUGUACUUAAAUGUAUGUUGACGUUGAUGUAGUUUUAAAACUGAAAUGUUCAAUGUAUUGUGAAUAUGCACUUCUAGAUGUCUAAAACUGCUAUAACAAUGCCACAAAUGGUGUAUAAUAUUGAAUUAUUAGUUAAAACAAGCAAUCAAUAUACUAUUUCCAAAAGA